UUGGGCAGAUGUUGCGUAAGAUAACUCAGUGCUUCAAAACAAACCAGCUGCAAAUUUCUGCUGAAUUUCUUUGCAAGUUCAUUCUAUCUGUAUUUCCACACAGCACGCAACCGUGUAUCGAGUAACUGUAAUUUCUUUUGCUGCACCUUUUUUUUUCUUCAUGUAAUCGAAGGAAGAUUUGGACAAACAGAGCUCUUACUUUUGUUUUUUUUCCCUGCCUGGUCUUCCCCUGCUAACUUUGACAUUCCCUUUUACUUACAGAGGAAGUAGAAGAUUUUGAGCGUCUCCCUGAAAUCCCCGACUCCAUGCAGCUGUAUAAAGCUCCUCCUUGAGCAAAAGCUGAGAAGUUACUGCUGCACUGAAGCAAAAUGCUGCUGUUCUUGUUUGUUGUCAGCUGGCUGGUGAAAGAUGUGGCAUCAAAAAUUCAAGUAUAUGGAAACGCCACAGCUGAAUACGGUGGAGAGGCUAUUUGCGGCUGCACAGCGCCCACCUCGAAAGGUGUGCUCCAGGUCACGUGGCAGAGGCUGUUUAAAGACGAGUCCAUCGAGAACUUGGCCACGUACAGCAAGCGAUUUGGACAGCAAGUAAAUGAGCCGUACAAAGGAAAAGUGACCUUCACAGAGGCCACUCUGAACUCGUCCUCGAUAACUCUGAGGAACGUCGCAUGGGGAGAUGAAGGCUGCUACAUUUGUUCCUUCAACGCUUAUCCUGACGGGUCCAAAAGGGACGAGAUCUGUCUCACAGUCAAAGGGAUAUCAACUGUAAGCACGAGCCAUGUUCCUGGCCGUGGUGAGGGGGGUGAGAGGGAGGACGUAUUCACCUGCUCAGCCACGGGUAAACCAGCUCCGACCAUUGACUGGGACUCGCCCGGCGCCAUCGUCGUAGACCGAACUGAGACGACUGUGGUCAAGAACAGCGACAACACGUUCACCAGCAGCCGUAACCUGACUCUGAGACUCCCUGCGGACUCGUGCUCGUACGUGGAGUGCGUGCUGAACAGUGGAAGUACAGGGCACAGAAGAGAGAGGAUCCCUUUCCCUUGUGGACCAGGAAUCAACACAGCAGGGAAUCAGCCCUCUCGGUCACACGUUGCAGUGGCCAUCACCUUUGUAGUCGUGAUCGCCGUCUGCAUUGUUGUUGUUGCAGUUUUACUAAAGCGAAAAAGGUGGAGUUACUUGAGGAGCAAAGAUGAGAGUACCGCUGGCUCGACCCCAUUAAGUACUGACAGAGUAGAACAGGAAAACAUUCCUUAAGCCUUUUGUUUUUCAUACAUCUUUAAAGUCAAUAAGCUAAAGCAAAACAAAAAGCAGCUAUCAGGAGUUUAGGUUUCCGAGGCAACUUUAGCAUGAGGCGUGUUUGUGAAAGGGCAUGGAUUGUCCUCCGCUUUCAUAUUGACCCCAUGUGAAUUGCCCACUUGUUUAUUUAUGUCCUUGACGUCAGUGGGGCUUAAGAGACCUGUUAUGCAACCUUGUACCUGAACUGAAACCACUGUCAGGAUCCAUAUUCAUUUCUUUUUUUAGUUUAUUUUCAUCUCACAUGGACCCAACAUAUAAACAUUGAGGUGUUUUUUGUUCUACAGCCUGCUUGAGUUCAUUAUAACCUGCACGCUGCACUUUAAUUUUAAUAAGCUCAGGCUUUGAAAAAUGUAAAGAUUUGGAAACCAGGUGAAGGGGAAAGAGAAUGUUGAAGUGUUAGAGGAGGUUAAAAGGAGGACAGAAAUGUGAUUUAUAAAUAACAAACAUGCUUUGAAAGCAGUUUAGGAUUUGUCAGAGCUGAGAGCUGCAGCGCGAUAACGAAAGUUGUGUUCAAGCGGGUCAUGAGGGUAGAUUAUAUCAACACAAGCAGCUGAUGUGUUUCAGAGGAAAUGAAAGCCAACGAAAGUCAGACGAAGUCUUACGCAGUGGCGCCAUCUAGUGGUCACUGACAGACCCAGGCAGCACACAGAGAAUGUAAUAUCUAGAUGCACCAAUCAGCUGGAGAUUGAAAUGAAAUGAUUUCCGUCUGAACGGCCACAACCAUUUCCCCCCUCUUUUGGGUUCUCUACUUUUACCAUAUGCAUCAGCCUAGAAGUGUAAAGCAGAUAAAUCAGAGAGUAACGAAAACAUCUGAGAUGCAAAAUUCGAUACAGACCCAUAACAGGGCAUCAGCCCACUGAGCAUGCUACGUGCAUCAUCUUAGACUGACAAAGGUUAAGAGAGUUUUUUAUUUAUUUUUGUAUUUAUUGAUUUAUUUUAUCAGUAGACCAUAGAGCCAGCAGCCUUUUCAUUCAUGGUGAUUUAAGUUAACGUAGACAAUUUAUUUUAGCUGUAAGAAAGAAAAUCAGCUAAACUUGUUUGUGGCCAAUCAGACCAUGAAAAUCUGUCAGGCUUGUGAUCUUUGAUUUCCUUUGUGAAAUAAUAACUGUUACCUCAUUUAUAAUACCUGUAUAAUAUAUAUUUUAUUUAUUUUGCACUUGCAGUUUGCACAUUGUAUUAAUUUUAAAUGUUAUUUAUUGCUUUAAACUAACUAAGUAAUACCUAAAAAUGCACAUUUGUUUGAUAGUGGUUCAGAUGGUUGAGCAGGUUGUCCAAUGAUUCAGGGAUUGUUGGUUCAAAUCCCGCUCCCUCAAUCAUCUGUCAUUCUGUCCUCGGGCAAAACACCUCACCCUCUAUGUGAGGGCAUGGCUGGUGUGUGAAUGUUUCAGUGGUGGUCGGAGAGCCAUGCUUUCAAACAAAUGUCUCCUCUAUCCAUGUUGUAACAAACCUUUUGUUUAUGUUUCUUAUUCAUUUAUUUUGAGAUGUAUUUAUUUGUAAUUAGCUCAUGAGUUAAUGUAUUAUUAGUUAUAUAUGUAGUUAAUGUAAUAUUUGUUGAGUGGAUGUGUGUUGUUUUUGUGAGCUAUAGGACAGUUGAAUUUUCCUUUGGAUUAGUUCAUCAGCUAAAUCAAUAACAAAGUGCAAAUUAUCCAUCAUACUGUACACGUGUAGGACAAUUUAUACAACCGGAAAAAUAAAUUAUGAUCCAUAUGCUUCAUUGAAUUCUUUGAUAUCGUAAUGCUCUUUUUUUCAACUCAGUUGACCACUUGACCACUGGAUGCUGUCGUUUACCGUGAUUAUACUUGAAAUAAAAAUGAUAGAUGAACUUUAUCUGACAGUGCAAAAAAGGACAAACUAAUUAAACUGGCCUGAAAAAAAUGAUGCGAAUGUCAAUUUAGCAUUUUAUUGCAAAACCUUUUAUUAAUCGCUGCAAUCACGUGAUUUCUGUAAUUCAAUGACACUUCUGCACCUAUAAACUAGAGUUUUCGUGCACUCGUGAACAAACUGCUAAACUGUUCCAGGUUUGGAUUGCUUUUCGUCCAGAUUGGGAUGUUUUCAACUAAUUAUUUGAAAUUUUUUCAUUUGAUUAUUUUACUAUUAUUUCAUUUUAUGACAUUUUAUCUUGUUUUUCCAGAAACAUCACUGAGUCUGUAAUUUAGUAAAAAGUCAGACUUGAAAAUAAGUCUGUCUGGUUUUAUUAAUUGUUGCCACAUAUUUGCAGGUAACAAGAUUUUUUUUCUCUGGCUGAAUUUCGUAUUAAUAAUUUCGCUUGGAAGAAGUAAAGUCAUAAAUGAAACAAAUCAAGUUCAACGGCUUUGACCGUGAGACGCCCACCUGUGGUGACGCCCACCUGUGGUGACGUCACAGGAUUGUACCAUUUAGAUGGGGGCAACUAACGUUAUGAUCCAUUAAUUAGUCAUGUUAUUAAGAAAUAAUUAGCUAUUCUUGAUCAUGUAACAGUUUCAAGGACUUUAUGGUGUGUUGUAAAUGUGUUUUUUAUUUAAGUAUGUGUUUUUAUUUUGUUGCUGAUUAAAGUGUUUUCAUGGUAUGUUACCCCCACGUAUCUUGUUUCGUUUUCUUGUUCCCUUUUUUUAAAUUAGGCG